UAAUUAUUCCCUUCCCCACCCAACACACACAAACAUCAUGGAAUUGCAUCUUCAUAUCACCUUACCAAUCACUUUGCUCUUAGCCAUAAUUUUAUCAGGACAAAGAACAUGCGAGUGUGCGAGAGUUUUCACCAUAGUAAACUACUGCAAGGAGACUCUAUGGCCAGCAGUGACCCCCGGAGAAUACUUCAACGGCGGCGGUUUCGUCCUGAAACCGGGCCAAUCGGAGGUGUUCACCGCCCCGGUGAGCUGGAGCGGGCGCAUAUGGGCCCGAACCGGUUGCAAGUUCGACCAAAGCGGAAGCGGGCAGUGCCAAACCGGUUCGUGCGGCAGCACUCUGAAGUGCUCGGCCUCGGGCAAAACCCCCGCAUCGCUGGCCGAGUUCACGCUCGCCCAAGUCGACUUCUACGACGUUAGCCUCGUUGACGGCUUCAACGUUCCCAUCUCCGUUAAGCCCCUUAACGGAAAGGGCAACUGCUCCACCGCCGGCUGCGACUCCGACCUCCGCUCCACUUGCCCCAAGGAACUCGCCGUCAAGGCUAACGGCAAGACCAUUGGGUGCCGCAGCGCCUGUGACGUCUUCAACGCCGAUGAGUAUUGCUGCAGAGGCGUCUACGGUAACCCCGUCACGUGCAAGCCCACCUUUUAUUCCAAGAAGUUUAAGGACGCCUGCCCUACUUCUUAUAGCUAUGCUUACGAUGAUCCUACCAGUAUUUUCACUUGCUCAGGGACCGAUUAUGUCAUAGCCUUCUGCUCUUCCAGGAAACGACAGGUGUGCUCUUACCAUAAUAACAAGCUUCAUUGCAGUGGAUCACAAGGGUUCAAAUCGUUGAUUGGGAGGUGGGGGAUCCUCAUGAUAACGCUGUUUUCGCUGCUUACUUUGUGGGUUGGAUUCUAGGUGCUCGUGAUGAUAAAUGAUUCCACUAUAACAGUACUUCAUUUUAUUUUAUGACUUUGUGUAUAUAUAUAAAUGGAAGUAUGAAACCAGUUUUUUUUUUCUCUGAGGAUGUUACUGUUGCGGAGGGUCUAUACUCUAUACCCUUGAAAGUGUUGUUUAUACGGGAAGGUGUUGUUUUAACAAUUGAUUUGAUUCAUAUUCGUUUCCUUUAAUUUAAGGAAAAUGUUGAUGUGCACCUGAGGUUA